AUGAGCAGCGCUGUGGUCCUCGCCCACCUCCCAGAACACAGCAGCAGCUUCAGGGAAGACGCCCCCCGACCCCCUGUCCCGGGGGAGGAAGGAGAAGCACCAUGCCCGCAACUCGCCAGCUCGUUUCUCCCCAAAAGCCAAAGCUUCAAGGCCAUGCCGGUGCCUCCUGCCCCGCGGAGGAAUGAGAACGGACUCGGGGAGCCGGAAGGCAGCGCAUCUCCAGACUCCCCUCUGGCCAGAUGGACCAAAUCCUUGCAUUCCUUGUUGGGAGAUCAAGACGGUGCCUACCUUUUUCGGACCUUCCUGGAAAGGGAAAAAUGUGUGGAUACCUUAGACUUCUGGUUUGCCUGCAACGGCUUCAGGCAGAUGGACCUUAAGGAUACCAAAACUUUAAGAGUAGCCAAAGCUAUAUACAAAAGGUACAUCGAGAACAACAGCAUCGUCUCCAAGCAGCUCAAGCCUGCUACCAAGACCUACAUAAGGGAUAGCAUCAAGAAGCAGCAGAUAGAUUCUAUCAUGUUUGAUCAGGCACAGACUGAGAUUCAGACUGUGAUGGAGGAAAAUGCUUACCAGAUGUUUUUAACUUCUGAUAUAUACCUCGAAUAUGUAAGGAGUGGAGGAGAGAAUCCUGCUUACAUGAACAGCAAUGGACUGGGGAGCUUAAAAGUUGUCUGUGGCUAUCUCCCGACCUUGAAUGAAGAAGAGGAAUGGAGCUGUGCAGACUUUAAAAACAAAAUCUUGCCUUCGGUAGUUGGGCUAUCCAGCAAGAUGUUGAGGGUUACGGCGAAUGUCAGAGCUACGGAAACGAUCGAGAAUGGAUACAGGUCCUUCAAGAGGAACGAUCCCGUUAACCCAUACCAUGUGAAUUCUGGCUAUGUUUUUGCCCCAGCAACCAGCGCGAAUGAUAGCGAAAUAUCUAGUGAUGCCCUGACAGAUGACUCCAUGUCAAUGACGGACAGCAGCGUAGAUGGGAUCCCCCCGUACAGAAUUGGGAGCAAGAAGCAGCUCCAGCGGGAAAUGCAUCGGAGCGUCAAGGCCAACGGUCAAGUUUCUCUACCUCAUUUUCCGAGGACCCACCGUCUUCCCAAGGAGAUGACCCCGGUGGAGCCGGCUGCCUUCGCCGCGGAGCUCAUUUCCCGGCUGGAGAAGCUGAAGCAGGAGCAGGAAACCAUGGACAGUCUGGAAGAGAGGCUGCAGCAAAUCAAGGAGGACGAAGAGAAGGAGGGCUUGGAGCUCCCCGCCAGCCUGCAGAGCAGUCGGGAGAUGGCGAACCCCCAGCACCCGCAGCACCCGCUCUCCGGCCGCGGCGGGGUGCAGCUACCGGGGGGUGAGGCGGACCGGGCACAGAACGUCUGGCAGUGGAUGCUGGAGAGCGAGAGACAAAAUAAGCACAAGCCCCAUAGCACACAAAGCACAAAGAAGGCCUACAGCUCCGACUUCACAAAGAAGCCUUCAAGCUCCGACUUUGCCAGGGGGCCCCCCGGCCGCCACCACCCGUGGGGGAUUGGCAGCCACCCGCGUGGGGCGCAGCCUGCCCACCCCUUCGUCCAGGACCCCGCUAUGCCCCCGCUCACCCCACCCAACACCCUGGCGCAGCUGGAGGAAGCGUGCCGCCGGCUCGCCGAGGGCUCCAAGCCGCAGAAGCAAAGAUGUUCAACCUCAAAUCAGCAGAGGGAUCGAAACCACUCCGCUGCCGUUCAGGGGGGAAACACCCCUUUCUGCAAUGCAAGUCUAACGACAGAAGAUCACAAAGAGCCAAAGAAACUGCCAGUUGUUCACACCUCUCAGUCGAGUGAGUUGGUUGUCACCUAUUUUUUUUGCGGAGAAGAAAUUCCCUACAGGAGGAUGUUAAAGGCCCAGAGCCUGACACUUGGGCACUUUAAAGAACAGCUGAGCAAAAAGGGAAAUUACAGAUACUACUUCAAAAAAGCAAGUGACGAGUUCGACUGCGGUGCGGUGUUUGAAGAGAUUUGGGAAGACGAAACCAUCCUGCCGAUGUACGAAGGAAGGAUUCUUGGGAAAGUAGAAAGGAUCGAUUGAUGGCAUCUGUGUUUCUUAAGAAAAGUUAAGCUAGAAAAGUCUUUGGACACACAACAGUAGUGAUGACAAGGAGAAAAAAAACCUGAAGGAAAGUUUUGAACCAAUGAAGAAAAAAAGUAAAGUCUAUGAAGACUUUGCUGAAUUAGCCUUAGAGGAAAAAAAAAUGGCAUUAUUAUUAUUCACGAGUUGGGUACUGAGAUGAUAAAAACCCCGAACUAUUUAUUAAAAACAUGACCACUGUUGGCUAUUGGAGAUGCAGACCGUGUUUGAGAGACUUCCAUACAUAAUAUAUGAUUUCCUGGGGAUCUGAAAUCUAUGGACUAAGAGAAACUGUGUAUAGCUUACCUUAACAGUAAUCCUUAUUGAUAUUUAUUGAACAGUCUGUUUUCCCUUAAGUCCAGUUUUUGGAUAUGCUGCUUUAACAAUGGAGAAGAGAGGGGCUGGGAAGUGGGGUGAUGGGAGGAAGGAUUAUUUUAUUUUUUUAUAUUGUUCCCACUAUCUAAAAUUUAGGAGUUUGGCUACGAGCACAUUCAUGAUUUCUUUUUUUCAAGGGGAAGGAGGGAAGGAGUGAUGUUGUGCCCAGUAUUUCUCCAAGUGAAGAUAAAACUUUUCUAAAGAAAUAAUAAUAAUAAAAACCGAAAUAAAAAUACUGUCCUACCAUUCAUCUAGAGACCGGUGCAUUUUAAUCUAUGCUGCUCUAAUUUGAAAUAAAGGUCUUAAGCGUUAAAUAUGUUAGAUGCAAUAUAACAACAGCAACUUGUUAUUUCGUCCAUGGAUUUCUGCGGUGUGAGGUUUUUGCUUUGCUGCUGUCAGUGGUGAGGGUGCCAUGCGGUGUCCUGUGCCUCUCUCGUUAAGGCAAGGUAGAGCAAAACCCUGAGCCUGGGAGAGCUGUAGAAGAAGCCAUCCAGUUCCCGUUUCCAUACUUAGCACACCAAAAGGACACGUUGCAAAAGCCAGAUUAAAAAACCCGUAUGUAAUCCACAUAGCUAGCUAAUUUUUUUUUUUUUUAGCCAUUCUACUUCAAUGUUAGCACAGCUUGUAUUUCAACAUGUAACUACGAUGGGGCAUAUUUUCAGGUUGGUGUGGAGCGCGUGAUUCGUUGUGUGGUGGGUUUUGGUUGGGUUAGAUGUUUUUUUUUUUCUUUGGCCUUGCCUUCACAACACCCAUGUGAGCCCGUGGGAGAUGUGGGCGAAGGCUCUUUAGAUGCCGUGGCAGAGCUGCGUGUGCGCAUGUGCGUGGGUGCUGGGACAGAGCGACCCUUUCCCGAGAAAGACCUUGCAUUUCUACAGUUGGGUUUUGUGUUGAUUAAGUUAAUCUGUGCAUUCUGUUUGCCAUUGCUACUUUGUGUAAGUCUGUAUAUAUUGUAGAAAAUGUAUGGUGAAAAUAUUAAUACACUAUCUCUAGUGUUUUUAAAAUUUAAUCAGUACAGUACCUGUGCCUGCAUGGUGUUACGAGACCAUGCGUCGCCCUAUAUUCAGGGUUCAAGCUUUCCCUUGUUUGUUUAAGGGGUUUAUGUAUAAAUAUAUUUUAUGCCUUUUAUUACAAGUCCUGUACUCAUGACUUUUGCCAUGGCAUUUUUGUUCUACUUAUACUGUAAAUUAUGCAUUAUAAAGAGUUUCAUUUAAAAAAAAAAUUACUUGGUACAAUAAUUAUUGUAAUUAAGAGAUGUAGCCUUUAUUAAAAUUUUAUAUUUU